GGGAUGGGACUGGGAAUGACGGGAUCACCCAUCGGGACGGGGCUGGCCGGGCCGAUCGGUGCCGUUAAGGGCUGGAUGGAGGAUUGCAGGCUGUUCAUUCCCCUCACGACCCCGUCCCUCCCUCCCUCCCCACCUUCCCCAGAGCUUUUUGGGUCGGUGGAGCCGCUGCUGCCCACGCUGCGCGAGGACGGCGUGGCCGUGUGGGUGCUGGGCGGGGCGUACCCGCCGGGGGUCGUGGCCCUGCAGGAGCUGCUGGAUGAGGCCUCGGACCAGCUGGAGCCCGGACGUUUGGGACCCCGGGACAUGAACGAGACGUGCCUGUACAUCUUCACCUCGGGCACCACCGGGCUCCCCAAAGCCGCCCGGGUGUCCCACCUCAAGUCGGUGAUGUGCCUGAGCUUCUACGAGCUGGUGGGAGCCUCCAGAGGGGACGUUGUGUACCUGGCACUGCCCCUCUACCACAUGGCCGGGGCCCUGCUGGGCGUCAUCGGCUGCCUCGGCAUCGGAGCCACGUGCGUGCUGAGGGAGAAGUUCUCGGCCAGCGCAUUUUGGGACGAUUGUCGGGCCGAGGGCGUCACCGUCUUCCAGUACAUCGGGGAGCUGUGCCGGUACCUCGUCAACCAGCCCCAGCGCCCCGGGGAGCGGCAGCACGGGCUCCGCCUGGCCGUGGGCUCGGGGCUCCGGCCCGACGUCUGGAGGAGCUUCCAGGGGCGCUUCGGGCCCCUGAGGAUCGUGGAGACCUACGGGCUGAGCGAGGGCAACGUCACCCUCUUCAACUACACCGGCACCCCCGGAGCCAUGGGCAGGGCCAGCGCCAUCUACAAG